AUGCACAGCUGCGUCCUGCUGAUGCUCAUCCUCGUCUUUUCAGAUGGUAAGUUGCGACUAUUUUUCUCCUUUGACUUUACAUUUUUUUUCAGUUUUCGCCACGCAGUCACCCACUUUUGACCGACAAGAUCGGGAUUAUCGGCCACUCCAGGUAUUGUCGCUCUUUUUGUGCUCCGUGCUCAUUCGCUCUCUUUCAUUUUCAGUUCGGCAAGAGAGACGGCUACCGUCCUCUGCAGUUCGGCAAACGCGACUAUCGGCCUCUGCAGUUCGGAAAGCGGAGCAGCAGCAGCAGCAGCAACGGAGCAACCGUAGUGCUCGAGCCGGUCUGGGAAUGGCAAUAA